AUGAUAAAUGAUUUUUUAGAUUUUUGCCAUAAAAAUGAUGGUCGUUAAAUUAACAAAUUAGUUUCUUCAAGAAAGAAAUGGAAGGAAGUUGAAGAUGAAUUAUUACUUAAAGGCAUAAGAAAAUAUGGAAAUCAAUGGAGUAAAAUAUAGGAAGAAGUACCAACUAAAGAUUCAAAACAAUGUUAAGCUAGAUGGAAGAUACUUAAAAAUGUAAUAUGUGCUUAAAGAUGUUUAAGAAAGAAGAAACUAUGGAUAGAUUGGAAGCUUUGGGUGAUUAGUCAGAGAUGGAAAAUCAAAAUCAUAAGAUAAAAAAGGUCAAGAUAUCAUAGAGAGAAAUACCUCGUAGAUACAAUCCACAUUUUGAUUAUAAUGAAGAAUCCUCUAGUGAAUCCAUGCAUCUAUAAUAAUUCUAAAAAGCUUUGAUUAAGUAACCUAAUUAGUUGUCAUUAUUAUAAUAACAACAUAAAAAAGAGUAAAUCCAGAAGUAGGCCUAAAGUUAAUAUUAAAAUGUGUGGAAUGCUAUGGAUGAUAAAAUGUUAUGGGCAGCCUUUAAAAUAUAUAAAGGAGUUUGGAAACAAAUAACAUCUCGAUUUUAAGAGAAAAAUCCAUAGAGUUGCAUGGAGAGAUAUUAAUUUGUUAGUUUAUAAAUUAUUAAUGUAGUUACUUUAAUAAAAAAGAAUGAAAUUGUAAGAAGAUGGAUCAUCUGUAGAUAUUAUUUCAUCUAUAACUGAAGAAAGUUCCAAAUUAGGUUCAGAGUAAUUCGAUUUAACUAUAAGUGAAGGUGCAUUUUCUACUGAUUUGCAACAAACUGAAUAUAAGAUAAUUUCUAUUGGAGUUUAUACUGUUUAAUAGUGUCAUACAAAUAUUGAAAGAAUUCUUAAAUCAUUUUCC